CAUUUUAUUGUCUAAAAUCAAAAGAUUCACACACAUGAAGUUUGUAAAAAUUUGUUUAUAUUUUCGAUUAUUAUUUCAAAUUAUUAUGUUGUUUCAUACAUCGAGUCAUCUUUGUUAAAAGUACAGUUAACAAUUGAUAAGUAUCUAUUUAGAAGAUUAUAUUUAAUUACUAUUCAACAAUGGACUGCGGUAAAUUGGACCUUAAUUCGUUACAAUUGAAAUUGUAUGCCGAGUUUGAUCAAUGGCAAGAUUUUGUAGCCGCUGUUGAUGAAUUUCAACGUAAAACCUCGAUAAAAUUGACAAUCACAACAAGUAGGAAGCUUAAGAGUCGAGUUAGGGGAAGCAAAAAGAGAAAAACGUUCAAAAAGAUUGGAGAAGGUGUACCAGAAGAAGAUGAACAUGAACAAGACCAUGAUGAAUCAAUUGACUCCAGUGGUGAUCUUAAUGACGAUGAAUCGCAAUCGCAAGAGGGUACAACUGUGUCUAUCAAAGGUUUUGAAUACCAAUAUCUGAAAUUAACCUGUAAACAUUAUGGUGGUUACAGGUCAACAUCGAAAGGAAUCAGACCAAAUCAAAGAACGGCCAAGCUAAUGUGUCCUACAUAUAUCUAUGCCUGUUUCGAUCACUAUAAACAAAAAUUCAUCAUCAAACAGAUGGUUGUAGAUUGUAACCACGAAUUAAAAGACGAGCAUGUACUGAUUUCCAAGCUGUUCAAAGACAAAGAUGCUGACAAUAUAUCUUCCGAUACAAAUGAAACAACCCCAAAGAAGAAAUAUGUUAAAGUACGGAAUAGAAAUGUACUCAAAAUACCUCUUGAAUCGCCUGCAGUUUCCAACUAUGUGCCAUCACCGACUGUGAGAAUUAAAUGUAAUCACGAGUUAUCUGAAUCGUGUGAGGCAGCAAGUUUAACAUCAGAGGAUUUGCACUCAAUACACGAACUUUUUAUACCAAAAUCUAAAAAAGAACAAAAUGAUCUUAUACUUGAAUGGAUUCAAGUUCUUCCAUAUGCAGCCAAUACAGUGCAAGUUUUAUUUAGGUUACCCGCUUUCGAUGGUUCUUUGGUUCGUGUUUGUUAUAAAUCUUUUUCGCAAGUACUGAAAGUGGCGAUUAAUCGAAUCAAUGAAUUGAUAAUUGCAAAUUACGACGAAUUUGGCAACUUCCUCGAUAAAAACAAACAAUCAGGUGAUUCAAGAGAAAUUGAAAAUUGUAUCGCCAACAUAUUAACAUCAUUUUCUAAAGAGGGAGACUCUGAAGAUACUCAUCAAGUAAUUUACUGUGAUACUGUUGACGUACCCUAUGCUGAAGACACUAUCGAGGAAAGUUUCGUAGAGGAAAACAUUAACAACAUGAUCGAAACACCUCCUUCAUGCAAGAAUGAGUCUCGAGAUACUGUGCAACUUCUCAACCCGUUGAAACCUCCAGUGAUUAAAGUUAGCCCGUCUGGGGAUAAAUUUUUUCUUGAAAUAAACUGCGAAUACAGCGUAACGCUACAAAAUGUUAGUAUUGAAAACGGUGGUAAAACUAUUAAAGUUAGUUUCAGUGCUAAAUGAGAACAUAUUAUCCAACAAUUCAUCAAAUCAAUGGAUCUCAAUAUUUAACACCGACCCAUCAUAAUAUUCCCUGUAACUUUUCUCUAUUUUUGAUGUUAAACUUCGUUUUAUGAACUUCAUCAACGGGAAUGAGCAGCAAUCACCCCCUUCUUGUACCGUAAAAAACAACCUUAACAAAAUUGAAAUAUAAUGUUUAUUUGUAAACUGA